CACUGCUUCCUCACCACAGCUCACGAGCUCAAAGGCGCCUAGGCAUCCGUGGUCAGACCUACCUCCCUCCCGGCACUCGUCAAUGGCGGCGUCCACCAUGGCACUCUCCUCCCCUGCUCUCGCCGGCAAGGUGGCCAAGGUGUUCGGCGAGGGCCGCAUCACGAUGCGCAAGACGGCGGCCAAGCCCAAGCCCGCCGCGUCCGGCAGCCCGUGGUACGGCGCCGACCGCGUGCUCUACCUCGGCCCGCUGUCCGGCGAGCCGCCGUCGUACCUCACCGGCGAGUUCCCCGGCGACUACGGGUGGGACACCGCCGGGCUGUCGGCUGACCCGGAGACGUUCGCCAAGAACAGGGAGCUGGAGGUGAUCCACUGCCGGUGGGCCAUGCUCGGCGCGCUCGGGUGCGUCUUCCCGGAGCUCCUCGCCCGCAACGGCGUCAAGUUCGGCGAGGCCGUCUGGUUCAAGGCCGGCUCCCAGAUCUUCAGCGAGGGCGGCCUCGACUACCUCGGCAACCCCAGCCUGAUCCACGCGCAGAGCAUCCUCGCCAUCUGGGCCUGCCAGGUCGUGCUCAUGGGCGCCGUCGAGGGGUACCGCAUCGCCGGCGGCCCGCUCGGCGAGGUCGUCGACCCGCUCUACCCCGGCGGCAGCUUCGACCCCCUCGGCCUGGCCGAUGACCCCGAGGCGUUCGCCGAGCUCAAGGUGAAGGAGAUCAAGAACGGCCGCCUCGCCAUGUUCUCCAUGUUCGGCUUCUUCGUCCAGGCCAUCGUCACCGGCAAGGGGCCCCUCGAGAACCUGGCCGACCACCUCGCCGACCCCGUCAACAACAACGCCUGGGCCUACGCCACCAACUUCGUCCCCGGCAAGUGAGCGGCUUUCCGGCGAGCGACGGCGGCGGACUAUGCAAAUGCAGCGACUUGAGUACUUUGAUUCAGGCUGCGGUGAGGAAAGCUUUGCGCGAUGUUCUCCUCUUCCCGCGCACCCGUAUUUGCUUCGUUCGUUCAGAUUGUGUAAAAUAAUGUUAUCCGAUUGAUGGAAAAAAAGGGAUAAUGGACCUGCUUGUGUAAAAUGAUGUUAAAUUUAUCUUAAAAAAAUGAUGUUACAUGAUUCGUUCCCAGGAAA